AUGUUGUAUCUAACACAAGACGAAUUGAAGAAAGCGAAGAACACACUGAUGAAGAUGGUGCAGUGGCAAGCAUAUCCGGAAGAGAUGGUCACAUUGUCGAGGGGACAAGCGGAACUAGCGAAGUCAAGUAAUCUGUAUCAGAACUCUCCAACAGUGGAUGAAUACGGGGUGCUACGGAUUGACGGAAGAAUUGGCGCUGCUUCGCACAUUCGAUUCGACACUAGGUAUCCGGUAAUCCUCCCAAGGAAACAUUUUGUUACCGAGCUGAUCGUAGAUCACUUCCAUCGUGCUUUCGGUCACGCUUAUUUUGAAACCGUGGUGAAUGAAAUCCGGCAAUUCUAUCACAUCUCUCGACUGCGGACAGUUGUGAAGCAGAUUGCUGCUGCGUGUCAGUGGUGCAAAUUGAUGAAGGCGAAACCGACUGUUCCACGAAUGGCACCACUCCCAGUGGCUCGAUUAGCAUCGUUCACACGACCAUUUACUCACACCGGUAUUGAUUUGUUCGGACCGCUGUUUGUGAAAGUUGGAAGAAGCGCAGUUAAACGUUGGGUUUGCUUGUUCACUUGCUUGACUACCCGUGCAGUUCAUGUUGAGGUUGCCUACAGCCUUUGUACGCCAUCCACUGUGAAAUGCAUCACACGCUUCGUUAAUCGUCGCGGCUCACCGGCAGAGAUUUGCACAGACAACGGCACGAACUUUACGGGCGCCGAUCGACUGCUCAGGAAAAUGAUUGACAAAAUAAAUGUGGAAUUGGCAGAAACGUUCACGAACACGAAUACAAAGUGGGUCUUCAUACCUCCAUCGGCACCCCACAUGGGCGGAUCCUGGGAAAGGAUGGUGAGAUCGAUUAAGACAGCUAUGGAGACUGCGUACUGCAACGACCGGAAGCUGGAUGAUGAGGGUUUGGUUACGCUGGUUGUCGCGGCCGAGGCUAUUGUUAACAGCCGACCGCUCACAUAUUUGCCCUUGGAUGCAGACGAAGGAGAGGCUCUCACGCCAAACCACUUCCUCCUGGGAAGUUCCAACGGAGUACACCAGCCGACAACAGAAUUUUCUGGUUCUUCGCUGGUGGUCAAAAGCUCCUGGUAUCAGAUUCAACACCAACUGGAUAUUUUUUGGAAGCGUUGGAUCCGGGAAUACCUCCCUACGUUGACCAAACGAACGAAAUGGUUUGGCGAAACGAAACCUUUAGCCAUAGGAAAUCUGGUUCUUAUAGUGGAGGAGACAAGAAGGAAUGGAUGGGUGCGUGGACGUGUCCUGGAGGUUGUAGCUGGAAAGGACGGAAGAGUCCGGCAAGCUGUAGUUCAGACUGCGAGAGGGAUUCUGCGUAGGCCAGUAUCAAAGUUGGCAGUGUUGGAGGUUGAGACUGGUGCUAAAACUGACUCCGGUGGCCAGUGUUACGGGAGGGAGGAUGUUGCGGAUGGGAACCCUGCUCCGCAGCACCCGUUUCGGGUCGAUGAGGUAACGAAAAGUGACAGAUGA